AGCGCCACGAACGUCGGCAAUGGUCGACAAACGCUGACGCUCAUGGCCGUUCACGAACACUUCGUGCAGUUUCUUUACCGUAAAUUCGUAACAUGUAAAACCGAAUUAUUCCUCCGACAAUACGCAGUACCAAGAACAUUAAUACGUCGUUGAUCUAAUCGCACAAUUGUUACACGUGCAACGUCGCGAUCUGUUACGAUUUCACUGUGUGAUUAAUCUAAUCAAGUAAAUUAGGUUAGGUUGUCCAUUGACGAUUACUGUAAGGAUUCGGCUGGUGAAUACCCCUGAAAAGUAUGUCAAAUUGGCGAUCUAAUCGUGGCAAUGCCGUGGAACGACGAGACACGCAUAAAAAUAAUAGAGAAAACAGGCGGGAUAGGACUAACGAAACCCACAGAGACGUAUCGCAGAGGAACAGGGACAGGGAUCACAGAGACCGGGAUGGCAGACGCGAUCACUCCAGGAGGGACGACGAGAAGCAGAAUGAGAAGAGGAAGCACGAGAGAUCGCCGUUGAGGCGGGAGAACAGUCAUCCCCGGCACAGAGAACGUAACGAGAGGAGCAGAAGUAGAGACCGGAGAAACGUUUCCGGCAGAAGACGCAACGAUCAGCACAAGCAGAAGCGAAGCCCGGAGGAGACGAGGGCGAAUAGGGAAUCUUCCACGGAAUGGGGAGGAAAGGCGACUGCGAAGGAGGAGAAGGAGAAGCCCAAUUUCGAACUGUCGGGAAAAUUGACGGAGGACAUGAAUACUGUCAAUGGAGUAGUCAUCAAGUAUUCCGAGCCACAGGACGCCAAGAAACCUAAACGUCGAUGGAGAUUGUAUCCCUUCAAAGGCGAGAAGGCGCUGCCUACGUUGUAUAUACAUCGGCAGUCGGCAUAUCUCAUGGGCAGGGAUCGCAAGGUAGCCGACAUACCCCUGGAUCAUCCCUCGUGUUCUAAGCAACACGCUGCACUGCAAUAUCGGUUAGUCUCUUACCAAAAGGAGGGAGGUGUCGAGGGUAGAAGAAUACGACCGUAUAUUAUUGACCUGGAGUCUGCAAAUGGCACCUUUGUAAAUAAUGUAAAAUUAGAACCAAGGAGGUAUCACGAACUAUUAGAAAAGGAUGUGGUACGGUUUGGUUUUAGUACCAGAGAAUAUGUUCUGUUGCACGAACACAGUAAGGAUGAUUCCUUUGAUGACGACGUACCUCUUACAAAUGCGACUUAGAAACUUAAUUCUAAUAGGAAAAAAUAUCCAGAAAUGAAUGUGUGUGAGGACUGAUGUGGAAAUCAAGCUGUGAGGCUCAAGAGAGGUAUCAAGAGAUAUCAAGGUGUUUGUCAAGAGAGGAAAAUGCAAUAUAUAUGUAGAUACAAAGUCUCAUUAACAAUCUUUUGAAUCCUGUGAGUUUUAAAUAUAUAUUAAUAUUAUAUAUAUAUAAAUAAUAUAGCAACUUUUGAAAAUUUGUGUGACUUGCCGAAAGCAUAUCUCAGAAUCUAAAAUUUACUUGUUUACUAUGAAGAAAGAGGCAUAGUAUCUCGUUUUUCUUAAUACUUUCUUGUGACAUUAAGUUGAUACCUUAAUGGAGUUUGUAAAAUACAUUAUGUAACUUGUAGGUUGAAAGUUGAAAAUAAUUAAAACUCCGACAUAUAUUAUUUAUAAUAUAUUAUUUACAAUUAUUGUAUGGUAUUCACUGAUCCACAAUUUAUUUUCUUAUAAAGCUACAAAAUUUCAAGUAUAGUCAGUCUAUUGGCAUAAACUUCGCAAGAUUUUAUACAUUCUAAUUCAUCUUUUUAGUAAAAUUAUACAUACAUUUUCAUAUUGUUAACACUACAGAAAACUUAACAAUUUCUUAUAUUGACUUCUAUAUUUGCUAAUUAUCAUCAAACAUGAAAUUUGUACAAUGAACAGUGAAAAAUUUCACAGAUUUUCUUCAAUAAAUAUGUUAUUUAAAAUCGUAAUUAUAUAGCUAAACUAUAUAUACAGAAUUGGGUAGUAAUUAUUAUGCCUUUAAAAACUUAAAUAAUAAA